AGAUGAGAGCACUGAUUUUAUUUUGUGUUGUGUUAACCUUUGUCUCUGACUAUGCCGAAGCUUGUACAUGUGCCCGUACACAUCCCCAAGUGCAGUUUUGUAACGCAAACUACGUUGUGAAGGCCAAGAUUCUUCAGAGAAAAGAAACUGGCGGAUCAAUAUUUGAAAAUGUCGUUUAUACAGUUAAAGUUACGACGGUGUAUAAGGGAAGUCGUUACUUCAAGGGACGCCGUGUACAAAUCUUUACAGCUUCCGGUGGAGCUGCAUGUGGAUCGUUUUUCAAGAUUGGCAGCGAAUACGUCAUAACUGGCACCAUUAGAGACAGCAAAUGGAGAACAAGCUCAUGUAGCUGGAAUACAGAAGUAUCAUCCCUUCCUCCAUACCAAAGAGAUGCCCUUAAAUCUGAAGUUUAUAGGAAAAAUUGUUUUUGUGACGUGAACAUAUGCUUCGGCGACAAGUGCUCUGCCCCUACACAGAAUGCGUGUUUCAUUAAGCAAGAUGACGAUAUAUCUUGUCUUUUCCGGGAAAACUCAUGCAAGCGUGGAAAUUAUGGAUGUGCUUGGCAGUCUCCAGCUUGCUUUUAA